GGUAUCAUAAUUAUUGUUAGGAUUGGUUAGAGGCGUUAUCUCUGCUAACUUUCCCUUCUCUUCUCUUCUCUUCUAUUCUCUUCUCUUCUCCUCAACUUCACUUCACCAUUUUCAAUCUUCAAUCGCUCUUUCCUCUUUCAAGGUUUGUGGAAUCUGGUUCUGUUUUUCCCUUUUGAGAUUUUUCCAAAACCUCGAUAAUUAUGUAUCCCGGUGGUUAUACUGCUGAAAUUACAAACCUAUCUCCAAGAGCUACUGAGAAUGAUGUGCAAAAUUUUUUUGGCUACUGUGGUGAGAUUGAGCGUGUUGACGUGAUAAGACACAGUGAUUUUGAUUCUACUGCAUAUGUGACUUUUAAGGAAGCUUAUGCCCUGGGAACUGCAUUAUUGCUUAAUGGUUCGAUGAUUUUGGACCAAAGCAUUUCCAUUUCGCGCUGGGAAGCUUAUACGGAUGACAAUAAUUGGAACAGGCAUAACGUUGAAGAUAGUAUUACAUGCUCUCAAGAUGUUCACAUGGAUAAGUUUGUUUCUUCCCCUGGAGAAGCUUUUACUAUGGCCCAAGAAGUUGUCAAAACAAUGGUAGCAAAAGGAUAUGUACUGAGCAAAGACGCAUUCGUGAUGGCAAAAGCUUUCGAUGAAUCGUGCAGUGUAUCAUCUACUGCAUCAGCCAAAGUCGUUGAAAUCAGCAACAAAAUUGGACUGACAGAAACCAUAAAUUCAGGUAUUGAAACUUUCAAAUCUGUUGACGAGAAGUAUCAUGUUACAGAUAUCACCAAAUCGGCCGCAGCGGUUACGGGAACGACAGCUAUAGUCGUGGCAACAGUUACCGGAAGAGCUGCUGUGGCUGCUAGUACUGCUAUUGUCAAUAGCAGCUACUUCGCGAAAGGAGCUCUUUGGGUUUCGGAUAUGUUAUCUCGUGCGGCGAAAUCAGCCGCGGAAUUGGGUCAGCAUCAGAACAAAUGAAACUCAAAAUGUUUGGUUGUUGUACACAAACAAAUAGCAAUAAUUAUUCGGUGAUACUGUAUCGGUUUGACGUUACUUAUCUGGUGCAAAUGUUGAUACCAGAGGAUCCAUGAUAAGCAGCAACUGCAUCAUUUGUAGAAAUCACCAAACAAUACAUAGAUAUUUGUAUGUACUAAGUUUGAUCUUUACUAUUGUUGUAUGUAUUGAUAACUUAAUAUGUUGAUUUAUAUACUACCUCCAAUCAUAUUUUACAAUGUA